UCGGCGCCCAGACAGCUGCGGCGGCGGCGGCGGCGGCGGCGACAGCCACACGCGGAGCCCCGAUCCCAACCCCCUCCGCCCCAGGCCAUGCCACUUCCCGUGCCGCCCACCGAGCUGGUGCCGUCGGAGCGCGCCGUGGUGCUUCUGUCGUGCGUGCUCUCCGCGCUGGGCUCGGGCCUGCUGAUGGCCACGCACGCCCUGUGGCCCGAGCUGCGCAGCCAGGCGCGGCGCCUGCUGCUCUUCCUGUCACUGGCCGACCUGCUCUCGGCCGCCUCUUACUUCUACGGGGUCCUGCAGGACUUCAAGGACUCCUCGUGGGACUGCGUGCUGCAGGGCGCGCUCUCCACUUUCGCCAACACCAGCUCCUUCUUCUGGACCGUGGCCAUCGCCCUCUACCUGUAUCUCAGCAUCGUGCGCACGGCGCGCGCGCCCGAGACUGGCCGCCUGCUCUGGACUUUCCAUGUCGUCAGCUGGGGGGUUCCGCUGGCCAUCACCGUGGCAGCUGUGGCUCUGAAGAAGAUCGGCUACGACGCCUCGGACGUGUCGGUGGGCUGGUGCUGGAUCAACCUGGAGGCGGAGGACCGGGUGCUGUGGAUGCUGCUGACCGGGAAGCUGUGGGAGCUGCUGGCCUACGUCACUCUGCCCGUGCUCUACCUCCUCAUCCGGAAGCACAUCCGCCGGGCGCACGCGGAGCUCUCGGAGUACCGGCCCAUCGUCUCCGAGGCGCACCAGCUCCAGCACCGCACCUCCGUGGCGGAUAAGAAGCUGGUGCUCAUCCCGCUCAUCUUCAUCUGCCUGCGGGUCUGGAGCACCGUGCGCUUCGUCCUGACCCUCUGUGGCUCCCCGGCGGUGCGGAUGCCUGUGCUGGUGGCUUUGCACGGCAUCGGGAACACCUUCCAGGGAGGCGCCAACUGCGUCAUGUUCGUCUUCUGCACGCGCGCCGUCAGGACCCGGCUCCUUUCCCUCUGCUGCGGCUGCUCCCUUCAGCCUCCCAUGGCCGAGAGCCCGGCCGGCCCUCCCAAGGCCCCCGCGCCCUCCAAGACGGGCGAGUCUCAGAGGCCCGGGCGGACCCCAGACAAACUUCCCAGCAGCUGAGCUGCUCCCCUCCGGCUCCAGGCGUGGUGCGGCCGACCUGGGGCAGGCGGCUCCGAGUCCCCAGCGGGGACGUCAGGUGCCCUG